AUUUUGGCUCAAGCGAUUCCGAUCGAGGCUGUCACAUCACGCGACGGCCUUGUGAAUUGUCACCCCCUGUCAGGCUUCAACUCGAUCAAGAAGCCCAUCCAACACAAUGCGUGAGGCGAUCUGCAUCCACAUUGGGCAGGCGGGUGUGCAGAUUGGCAAUGCAUGCUGGGAGCUUUUCUGCCUUGAGCACGGUAUCCAGCCUGACGGCCAGAUGCCCUCUGAUAAGACGAUCGGAGGCGGCGACGAUGCCUUCAACACGUUCUUCUCCGAGACUGGCGCCGGCAAGCACGUCCCCCGCUGUGUGAUGGUCGACCUAGAGCCCACUGUGGUCGAUGAAGUACGCACGGGUACAUACCGUCAGCUGUUCCACCCUGAGCAGCUCAUCUCCGGAAAGGAGGACGCCGCGAACAACUUCGCACGAGGCCACUACACCAUCGGCAAGGAGAUCGUCGACCUCGUCCUGGAUCGGAUCAGGAAGUUGGCCGACAACUGCACUGGCCUCCAGGGCUUCAUGAUCUACAAUGCCGUCGGCGGAGGCACCGGCUCUGGGCUCGGUUGCCUGAUGCUGGAGCGCUUGUCUGUGGACUACGGUAAGAAGACGAAGUGCUCUUUCACUGUGUGGGCGUGCCCGCAGGUAGCCACGGCAGUGGUGGAGCCCUACAACACUGUUCUCUGCGUGCACUCCCUCCUGGAGCACACAGAUGUCACCAUCAUGUAUGACAACGAGGCGUUGUACGAUAUAUGCCGCCGCAACCUUGACAUCGAGCGCCCUACUUACACCAACCUGAACAGGCUGCUGGCGCAGAUCAUCUCCUCGCUGACUGCGUCGUUGCGCUUCGACGGUGCUCUGAACGUGGACAUCACCGAGUUCCAGACGAACUUGGUGCCCUACCCACGCAUCCACUUCAUGCUCUCCAGCUAUGCACCCGUGAUAUCUGCGGAGAAGGCGUACCAUGAACAGCUGUCAGUGGCGGAGAUCACCAUGUCCGUCUUCGAGCCCGCAUCCAUGUUCGUGAAGUGCGACCCUCGUCAUGGUAAGUAUAUGGCAUGCUGUAUGAUGUACCGCGGAGACGUAGUGCCCAAAGAUGUGAACGCUGCGGUUGCUACCAUAAAGACCAAGCGCACCAUUCAAUUCGUGGAUUGGUGCCCCACGGGCUUCAAGUGCGGCAUCAACUAUCAGCCUCCCACAGUGGUCCCUGGUGGUGACCUGGCCAAAGUCAUGCGCGCCUGCUGCAUGAUCAGCAACUCCACCGCCAUCGCAGAGGUCUUCUCGCGCAUCGACCACAAGUUCGACCUCAUGUACUCGAAGCGCGCGUUCGUGCAUUGGUAUGUGGGCGAGGGCAUGGAGGAGGGCGAGUUCUCCGAGGCUCGCGAGGACCUGGCGGCGCUGGAGAAGGACUACGAGGAGGUGGGCAUCGAGACUGCAGAGGGCGAGGGCGAGGACGUCCAGCGUGGCACAUUUGCGCACCGCCACUGCGUGAUCAAGGACCAAAACAACGGCAUGGACUAUUGCUUCCUCAACAACCUGAAUCUUGGCCCGCAGGAGAACUUUGUUGCCCGCAACUCCAUCCUUGCCGAGUAUGCCGUUCUGGGCUACGAGCUCGGGUUCACGUACGAGAACCCCAACGCGCUGGUGAUUUGGGAGGCCCAGUUCGGGGACUUCGCGAACACCGCGCAGGUGAUGACCGACCAGUUCAUCUCCGCCGGAGAGCACAAGUGGCUCCAGCAGACGGGCUUGGUGAUGCUCCUGCCUCACGGCUACAUGGGCCAGGGGGCAGAGCACUCCUCCUGCCGCCUGGAGCGCUUCCUGCAGCUCAGCGACGAUGACGAGGAUGAUAUCCCGAACUUCGAGAACGACUUCGGGCGUGGCCAAGUGCAGAAGGCAAACUGGCAGGUCAUGAACAUUUCCACGCCCGCCAACUACUUCCACGCACUCCGCCGGCAGCAGCACCGUAACUUCCGGAAGCCCAUGGUGCUGGCGUCCCCCAAGAACCUGUUCCGCUUGAGGGAGUGCGUCAGCAGCUUAGAGGACAUGGGUCCCGCUUCGGGCUUCAAGCGCCUGAUGUUCGAGCGGGACCCGACCAUCGAGCCGGAGAAGGUGACCCGCCUCAUUUUUUGCACCGGCAAGCUGUAUUACGAGCUGGUGGCGGAGCGGGAGAAGCACGGAUUGAAGAACGUUGCCAUCAUCACCUUGGAGCAGAUCGCGCCUUUCCCGAGCGAUCGCGUGAAGCUCGUUAUGGAGAUGUAUCCCAACGUUGACAAGGCAUUGAUUUCUGCAUCCAAGAGUGCCUCCCAUGUCGACGGGUGCAGUUCGUUCGUGGUCUGCGGUGCGUGUUUUCUGCUCCUAGUCCCCCUCCUAAUUUCUCUCGUGCUCCAUCCUUCCCCCUCCCCCUUCCAUCCGUCCUCUCUUCCCUUGUUUUAG